CGAAAGCGAUUUUUUUUAGAGAGUUAUGGCGACAUUGUUACGCAUACACGCGUGGGACAGACAACAAAGCGCUGCGCAGUGGCACUCCACCGCCGCUAGUUAGCCACCUAGCUGUCUCGGCUAGCUGGCUAACUAGCGGCGGUGCAGCGCUACUGCACAGCGCCACUAGCCACCUAGCCGUCUCUGCUAGCUGGCUAACUAGCGGAGGUGCAACGCCACUGCCCGGCGCCACUAGCCACCUAGCCGUCUCUGCUAGCCGACUAACUAGCGGCGGUGCAGCGCCACUGCGCAGCGCCACUAGUCACCUAGCCGUCUCUGCUAGCCGGCUAACUAGCGGCGGUGCAGCGCCACUGUCGCUAGUUAGCUCGCUAGCUAGCCGUCUCGGCUAGCCCAGCAGACGAGCAUCAUUGUUCGCCCGAGUUGCAUGGGCAUUCUGUGAUGAGGGUCAACAUAGCGCUGCGUGUGUUGUCGUACUCCCGGUAACCGUCCUGUACAGACAAUGCAUUUAAAAGGAUAAAUAUUGAAACAUAUUGUACACAAUGUGUCCCGCAGAAACCCGACACAUUGAGAUACACCUCCAGAGUUCAUGUGUAUACCUCCGGGACGAUGCGCACUACUCGCCUUGCGUAACGUUCGUGUUGCAGUGGUGUUCUGUACUUUUAUAACUCAAUCUGAAUUGGCCAACCUGGCCUUUAACGUUCAGCUCGGUCGCCCCCCUGUGAAGGAUGAAUCGGAUUGGCACCGUGUAGCCCUCCCACCCCGGCCAGCCCACACUCACCAUGAACAUCAUCCAAGACAAACUAGGGAACGAAUUCCUCCGCUCCAACGGCGGCAUGGACUCCGGAUUCGGCUCGGGCAUGAUCAUGUUCAGCCACCUGCCGCCGGUGACCACCUUCACCCGCCUGGCCGCCCAGUCCGUGAUGCAGGACCUCCCGCCUCAAGAGAUGAUCUUCAAGAAGGAGCGGGACUCGCCCGGCGGCGUUGGCGAGGGCCUGGGCGGCGGCGGCGGCGGCGGCGGCGGCGGCGGGGGUCUGGUCUGCGGCCAGGCCGGGGACUAUGUGCACACCAUGGGCAUCAAGCAGGAGAAGCUGACGGAGCAUGACUACCGCCUGCCGCUGUACCCCGGCGGCCAGGGCCGGAGCACGGAGCUGCUGGAGGUGUCCAUGGGGAACCACCACCACCACCACCACCAGAGUCUGCAGGUGCAGGACCUCAGCAUGGCCAACCAGCUGCCCAUUCGGUUAGGGAAGGAGGUCACUGGGAGGAAAGGUCGGAGGUCAAAUGGUGACGGACAGGAGGGCAAGCCCAAGAAGAGGCGAAGCGAAGCCAAGUCGAUGAUGCUGGACGCGGAUGGCUGCAGCCUGUCGCCAGGCACCAAACCCCACAUCUGUGAGCACUGCAGCGCGUCCUUCCGGAGCUCCUACCACCUCCGGCGCCACGUGCUCAUCCACACCGGUGAAAGGCCGUUCAGAUGCAGCCAGUGUAACAUGAGUUUCAUUCAGAAGUACCUUCUCCAGCGGCACGAGAAGAUCCACAGUGGAGAGAAGCCAUUCAGUUGUGAUCAGUGUAACAUGCGGUUCAUCCAGAAGUACCACAUGGAGCGUCACAAGAGGACUCACAGCGGAGAGAAGCCUUACAGAUGCGAGACCUGCCAACAGUAUUUUUCCCGGACGGACCGUUUGCUGAAGCACAAGCGUACGUGUGGGGAGGGGGGGAUGAGGCGGGACUCUGACCUGCUGGACCUGGGCUGCGGCCACCCGGACCAGGCCUACGGGGGGGUCUCCCAGGGGGGCCCCGCGCCCGCCGGCCGCAAGAAGGGGCGGUCAAAAAACAACAACGGCGAGGGCGGGGAGCGCAAGAGGAAGAAGGGGGCGGGGCUGGCGCUGGGCUCGGUCCAGGAGCAGGCGGGCUACGGCGUCCAGCACUUCCCGGUGGACAACCACGGCCCCAGCGCCUCGCACCAGGACCUCCAGGGCCACCCGGGCGGGGCCCCCAAGAUGGCCGCCAAGAAGGCCAACCGCAAGGCCCAGGAGCAGGCCAAGCAGGCCCACCUGGAGCCUAGCGCCAGCAUGGAGGGCUUCCCCAUGAUGCAGAGCAACGGCAACGGCAGCGCCAAGGCGUGCGGCAACAGCAGCACCUACGACGACGCCAUGCAGUUCCUGAAGAAGCGGCGCUACCUCAACGCGGGGAACAACAGCGGCAACAACAACAACAACAACGCCGCCGCGGCGCCACAGCCGCCGCCCCCGGGCGGGACGGGUAACGAGUACGACAUGGGCCCGGGGCACCUGCACGCCCAGCCCUCGGUCAUCCAGGGCCUGGGGUCCGGGACGCUGGACGGCGAGGCGCCACUGGCCCUCCUGGACGCGUCGCACAUGGGGCUGGACAAGCUGGACCGGUCGGGGAUCCCGGACGAGGUGCUGCAGAGCCUGCUGGACCACUACGCCCAGAAGCCCGACGGCUCGCCCCAGGACCUGCACUUUGACCUGGGCGACCACCACGUGGUGGGCCCGCUGCACCCCAUCCCGUCGGACGGCGCCGACGGCGGCGGCGGCCACGACGCGCCCAGCCCCACCGGGGAGAAGGCGGUGCUCAUGCACGAGUACUCGCGCUUCCUGCUGCAGGCGCUGGAGCGCACCAGCCACUACGCGGGCUUCCAUCCCAGCCCGGGGCCCUUCUCCGCCUCCAUCCCGGGGAACCCGCUCUACGCCGACAAGAGCAUAUACACUACGUCCCCGCUGGAGUGCGGCUUCGGCCCGUCGGCGGGCUCGCCCUCCAUGCCGGCCUCCUCCUCGCCCUCCUCCACCUCCUCCUCCUCCGUGCCAAAGUCCCACUUUGCCAUGCUGGCGGGCUCGUCGCCGCAGCACGGCUUCCAUCUGAGCGGCAUGGAGCCCUCGGCGCACCAGCAGCUCACCCCCUCUCAGGAGCUCACGGAGCAGACGGAGAAGCCGCACGCCGGCUCCUCCUCCUCCUCCUCCUCCACGCCGCCGCCGCCGCCCUCCUCCUACCAGAUCAGCCCCUCGGACCUCAGCGGCAGCCAGAAGGAGGCGCGCAGCGCCAAGGGCGCCUACCGGCUGUCGGCGUCCCAGGACCUGGAGUCCCUGGAGGCCAAGGCCUCCUCGUACCACAUGGAGAACUUCGCCCAGGCGUUCGGCGCCCAGUACAAGGCGGACGGCUGCGGGCUGGCGGCGUACGGCGGGGAGUCGGGCGGCGAGGUGGACCACCGGAUACGGAGCGCGUCCGUGUCCGAGUUCUCAGGGUAUAGCAGUUUGUUAAGCGAUGUCAAUGAGCCAGUGAGUACAGCUUCCAAAACGCAGACGAGCCAAAGCUACAGAUGAGGGGUUUGGCGGGGCUUUUUGUUUGUUUUAGAACAAUUUACUUGGUUGGGUUUCGAGUCGACUCGAGGGAGAGCGAGAGGAGAGAAAAACAUAAAAGGAUGUCCAAUUUUUCUUAUUUUUCGUGCAUUUAUUUUAUUUUAUUAUUCUAAUUAUUAUUGUGAUUUUAAUUAUUCAGACACUAUGUUUUGUACUGCCACGAACGCACCUCUCCCCCACAACGGCUGCAAGGCCUCUUACAAAUGCAAUGUCAUCAUCAUCAUAGGAUCCAUUUUUUUGCGUGUGAAAAUGUAUCUAUUAUUCAAUCCAUUUUAGUUAGAAAAAUGGAUUCACUCCAUUUUUAAUUUAAUCCAUUUAUAAUUCAAAUACUCUUUAUAUAUAAAUAAAAACAAGCAAAUAAUAGCAAUGAAACACGUAUUUGAGCAAUCAACUUCACAAGUGUAAGAUUCUAAAAGAAAAGGGGAAAUGAUAACAAUGGCAGGGAUCAGCCUAGGACUGAACAAGCAAAAAAUAAACAAAGUUAUUGUCUGUUACACGGUUUUAAAGUAUUACUCAGGAAAAUAAUGUGGGGAAUGAAUGAGUUUGGUCGGGCGAGGCACCCAGCCAUACGUAAAUAUGCGUUCAGAACUCCAGAGCCGUUUUUGUUUUAUAGUGUAUGUUCCUUUCCUUAUUUUGAAUGGGUGCAACAAUAACCGACUUCUGCCAGCUCGCAUACACUGAGAACACUUUCCACUUGGCUAAAUAGAGAUUAUGGUACUGUCUUGUCAAUGUGAAACUCAUGUUCUCUUCCACAAUGGCCAUAUAUAGAAUAUAUAUAUAUUUAUAAAAAAUAUAUAUGAUGUAAAAAAAAUACAGUUUUAAUCAUUCUGGGCGCUUGCCAGGUGAACUAGAGGAAGAGAGGAGGUCGGACAACUUGCAUGUGUCGUAGUUGUUUUAUCCCCGGGCAGAACGAAAUCAAGGCAGUGACUUUCCGUGCCACUAGGGGUCACCGUUGCGCAGCAAAGGAUAAUGGUUCACCCUCCCGCCGCCUUUCUUCCUCCGCAAAUCCCUCUCUAGAAAAAAUAAUCCAAUCAGCACUUUGAGCCGUUUAUUGCAUUGAGUAAACUCGCCUGUCGUAUCAGAAGAGCUCAGACGUCUACCGACUGGCUUACACAGAGGUGCCUGGUUAGGUUUGGGGCAGGCAGGGAGUAGCCUAUGGUUGGAUCAUAGAGUCCGGCCGAUACCGAUGUAAAGAAAUUACGAUAUUGAUAUAUCGGCCGAUAUUUUAAAAUAAUUUAUCGGCCGUUAUUCGAUAUAUUUUAUAUCUUUGUAUCCUGGGUGUUGAGCAGCUCCUUUGGGAUUUGCUGCUUUCCCUCCAGAAAUGCUUCGGGCCCUGGCAACGUAAAAUCAUGAGCUAAAAGAACCAAUUAGCUGUUGCAUGGGGUGGAGCUACUUACCCUCACACAACGGAAUAUAAAACUGUUAGUGUUGGGAGUGUUUACGCAGAUGUGCAUUUAGAGGUUCAGUCACAACAGAGGAUUACUUAAGAGGGGAUAUAAUUCAUAAAUCAACAGCAUUUCAUAUCGGCGCAAAUGUAUACGCCGAUACCGAUCAAUCUGUGAUUGGCCAAUAUCGGCCGAUUAAAAUCGGCCUGCCGAUAUAUAUCGGUCGGGCUCUAGUUAGAUGGCAUGUUUUUUGUUUUAU